CCCGGCUCCGCCCCGCAGCCAAUCGCAGCCGGCAGCCGCCCAGGCCGCAGACCUGGGGCCUUUGGAGGCAGCAGCUCCGAGAGGCUGCAGAGGAGCGAGAGCCGGAGCCCGAGGCUUAGCCACUGAAGGAAGAGCCCAAGAUGAAUGCAGAGACGGGAGCUUGGGAACAUUGAUGGAGUUCAGCAGAUUUCUUUGGAGGAUGCUCUCUCCAGCCCGGAGGUUGAGGUUGCCUACAUCUGCAGCGAAAGUGCCAGUCACGAGGGUCACAUCAGGCAGUUCCUUGAUGCUGGCAAGCAUGUCCUCGUCGAGUACCCAAUGACGCUGUCGCUGGCGGCAGCUCAGGAGCUGUGGGCCCUGGCCAAACAGAAAGGAAAAGUCCUGCAUGAAGAGCAUGUGGAACUCUUGAUGGAGGAAUUUGCAUUCCUGAAAAAAGAAGUGGUGGGGAAAGAACUCCUGAAAGGGUCCCUUCUCUUCACAGCUGCCCCCCUGGAAAAAGAGCGGUUUGGCUUCCCUGCCUUCAGCGGCAUCUCUCGCCUGACCUGGCUGGUGGCUCUCUUUGGGGAGCUUUCUCUCGUGUCUGCCACUCUGGAAGAGCGCAAGGAAGAGCAGUAUAUGAAAAUGACUGUGUCCCUGGAGACCAAGAACAAAUGUCCGCUGUUAUGGAUUGAAGAGAAAGGGCCUGGCCUGAAGCGGAACAGAUACUUAAGCUUCCAUUUCAAAUCUGGGUCCCUGGAGAAUGUCCCAAAUGUGGGAGUCAAUAAGAACAUUUUCCUGAAAGACCAAAAUAUAUUUGUCCAGAAACUCUUGGGCCAGGUCCCCGAGAAGGAGCUGGCUGCUGAAAAGAAACGCAUCCUACACUGCCUGGCACUGGCAGAAGAAAUCCAGGAGCGUUGCCACCCAAAGAAGUAAGAGGCAGAAGUGGCAUGGUGCCUCCCAGGUGAGGAUGGAGUUUGAGUGUCAUCAGGAGUUGACCUUUAAUUCUGUCCUUCCAAUUAAACACGUUGGGCACACAGGAUUGUCUUGCUGUUACGAGCUGUGUCGGGUGUGGUAUUUUGGGAUGAGGUUGUGCAGUGGGGGUGAGGAGAGAAUUUACCUUGGUGGAGAUGAGCUAUGCCUGAUUUCGUUUUCUCUGCCAACAGCCAUAGCAGAUGGGUAUGACCAGUUCCGUUUCCUUUGAUUACUGGAAAACCUUGUUUGAAGCCAUUCAGGCAGUAAAUAGAAGAGGACUUUAAAGCCUACCCACAGUCUGAACCCUCGAAAUACUGCCUUGGAGUCUCUUCCCCGCUUUAAAGAAUGUUACUGUCUCCCAUUCCCUGGAUGACUAAUUGCUGGGAAAAUAGAGCCACUGCCCCAGUCACACACCAUGUCAAAAGGGACCCAAGCACAUGGGAGUUGAGGGGAAGCCGGACAUUCCAUGCAGAGGUCUGGCACGAGCACUGAGUUGUCAGCAGGAAGCAGCUGGGACAGUGUCUUGGGAACAAAGUUGCUAGAAUGUGGGGUCUAGAGGAAGGAAUCCUAGAAAGCAAACCCAAGGGUAAGGGGGACCCCUGAAACAGAUACAAGAGCAGGGGUGUGAUUUAUUAGCUGGUAUAAGCACACUGAAGGUUGUCAGUUGACAGAGGAGGGAUAUGGUCACCUAGGUGGGUGGAGGAAAGUAUUCAGAAAGCUGCUGGGCACAGGUGAGAGCUCAGACAAGGAGGGAGCACUCAGUUAAGGGACAGGAGUACACCUGCAGCCUGCCCUUCAGGUUCUCCUGCCCUGAGGCUGGACUGAGUGUCAGGUGGCUGCUCUCCACUUAUCUCAUUUCUCCUGUUGCAUUCUCUCCAAAUCCUGUGUUAGAUUUCUUGCUGCUGUAAGUGCCCCUCAUGGAUUUGCUCCCUUCCCAAUUGCUGUUGUGACAUUGGGCCAGUUCAGAUGCUAUGAGGUCAGUGUUGGAGGAUAAGUCUAUUUAUGAUCUCUGUUUGUUGUUUUUAAAUUCCCUCACCAUGGUACCUCAAGGUAAAACAGGAAAACUUGUUCAUUAAAAAUCUUAAAAAGUU